AUGUAGCGCAUAUGCUGCUGAAUAAAGAAGAUUGUUUAACACAUUACAGGCGAGUCUCUGUGUAUGCUGAACAUAAAACAUGGCGUCAGAAGUCAGAACCAACAAAGACCGCUCAAGUCAACCAAGCAAGUAAUUAGUGUGUCUACGGACGGACAACGUGUUUGUUUAACUUUUGUUCCUCGUACAGUCAAAUCAGAUUAGCAGCUAUGGCAUACAUUAUCCCAGUUCCUGAACCCAUGGACAUGAAGGGUGAUGCAUACAGCAACUGGAUGUUUUUUUGUGCGCAAUGAAAAACUAUGAGAUUGCCACGGACCUGGAAAAAAAAAGACAAAAAGGUUCGUGUUGCCACACUACUGACAGUAAUGGGAAAGGAAUGCCACCAGCUCCAACGCCACCUACACAUGCCAUUGGCAGACAGGGAGGAUCCGACUAAAGUACUGGAUGCAUUGCAAUCACAUUUUGAACCAUGCAGGAACGUGAUCUACGAAAGGUUUGUGUUUAAUGACUGUAAACAAACUCAGUGUGAGACUGCGGAACAGUUCAUAGCCAAGCUAAGGAAAUUAGCAGAUACAUGUGAAUUUGGUGAAUUGACAGAAGAGCUGAUCCACGACCGGCUUGUCAUAGGCACAAAGGAUUUAAGCGUGCAAGCAUGGAUGUUAUGGGGACCAAAGCUCACACUAGCUGUGGCUAUGGACAUGUGUCGCGCUAGUGAACAGGCACAAUUGCAGAUACAGAAAAUAGGUGGAGCGGAACGGGAAGACGCCAUCAACUUUACUUCACAUGAAAACUACUCUGAAUGUGGCAGGCAGGGGUACAGACAGACAAACAUAGCUGAGGAUCACAAAAAGAGACAACAUAACAAUUCCUGUCAUUACUGUGGAUCACUGCAUGCAAAUGCCCAGCAUAUGGAGUAACCUGUAAAGCCUGUGGCAAACUGAAUUAUUUUGCACAUGUUUGUAAACAAAGACAACACAGACCAUCACUGAAUCUGGUGGAGGAGGAUAGCCAGUCCAAAGAACAAGCUGAUGCAGUGUGGUACAUCUCACAUAUAAACUGCAUGCAAGCCAACCAAAAUAAAUGGUUCAUCAACCUGAAGCUGGCCCCACACAAUGACAAGUCAUUCAAUGAUGAUCCCUAUUGUACCUUGAAGUGCCAGCUAGAUACAGGCUCCACAGUCAAUGUAAUUGGCUUUCAUGACCUCCUACGCCUACUGCAAGAUGGCAAUCCAACAUUAAUACCCAGCAAAGCCACACUCAAGCUGUAUGAUGGUGCGCUAAUUAAGCCAAAUGGAGAAUGUGACCUCAAAGCAGACCAUGAAGGACGCAUAUACAUCCUCAGAUUUCAAGUAAUGGAGACAUCACAGAUACCGCUGCUUUCAGCUGAAACCUGCCAGAAGCUCAAUUUACUCCAAGUAAAUACCAACCAUGUGAUACAUAAUGUAAACACACAAUGGGCACCUGCUGCAGAUGCACCCAGCACAGCAGAAGAAAUUAUCUCCAUGUAUGAUGACGGAUUAGGAUGCCUCCCAGGGGAGCUACACCUUGAUGAUGACCCCACAGUCCAGCAUGUGAAGCAGUUGCCAAGACAGGUCCCUAUUCCCAUCAAAUCAAAAGUCACCAAAGCCAUACGUGAAAUGGAACAAAAGGGGGUUAUCGCUAAAGUUACGGAACCAACACCGUGGAUCAGCAAUAUGGUGGUAAUAUAAAAGAAUGACAAGCUACGCAUCUGCAUUGACCUCAUCCCGCUGAACAAAGCUUUACUCAGAUCACACUACCAAAUGCCCAAUUUGAAGAGAUCCUUCCAGAAAUAGCAAAUGCAAAAAUAUUUUCAGUUCUAGAUUCAAAAAUGGUUAUUGGCAAAUAAAGUUGGAUGAAACCAGCAGCUACCUCACCACAUUCAGGACACCUGAAGGAAGAUACAGGUAGCUCAGGAUGCCAUUUGGAAUAAAAUUAGCAGCUGAAGAGUACCAAAGUAGACAACAUGAAGCAUUGCAGGGCCUCAGAGGAGUCGGCGUGAUUGCAGAUGACAUUCUCGUCUAUGGGUGCGGCAACACUACCAAAGAAGCAAUGGCAGAUAAUGAUAAGAAUAUCUCAGCCCUGCUACAGAGAGCUAGGGAAGUCAGUUUGAAGCUAAACAAAAAGAAACUUAGUUUAAAGCUCCCUAGUGUGACAUACAUGGGUCACCUCCUCACAAAUGAGGGCCUAAGCCCUGACACAGAGAAAAUAGCCACAAUACAGAACAUGCAGACACCUACCAAUGUAAAAUCCCUCCAGAGGCUCCUGGGGUUUGUGAAUUACUUGUCAAAGUUCCUACCCCAUCUGUCAGACAUAUGUGAACCUCUCAGACACCUGACAGACAAGAAUGUGGAAUGGACUUGGCUACAACAGCAUGAUGCAGCUCUGGAUAAGAUCAAGUAUUUAGUCACUCACUACCCUGAAACUUAAAUACUAUGACCUCAAAGAGAAAGUCACUCUGCAAUGUGAUGCCAACGAGAGAGGCUUAGGGGCAGCCCUCCUACAGAAUGUACAAACUGUUGCAUUUGCAUCCAGAAUACUGACCCCAACAGAACAACAAUAUGCACGGAUAGAGAAAGAAUGCCUCUCCAUUGUCUUUGCUUGUGAUACAUUUUACCAAUAUCUGCAUGGAAGAGAGCAUAUUACUGUUCAUAGUGAUCACAGGCCACUUGACGCAAUCUUCAAAAAGCCCUUGCUGACAGCACCCAAGCGAUAACAGAGGAUGUUAGUGAGGCUACAGCGAUACUGCUGUUGUAUCUGGUACAAACCAGGCAAGGAUUUGCAUAUCACUGACUUUCUCUCCAGAACGCCUCAAGCGAGCAUGACACACAAUUGCAGACACCAGCAUCUGUCUAUGCAAUGGGCCUAACCUCACAAGACUUUGAACAAGUAAGCCACUCCAGCUGCAUCAGCAUCUCUAGAAGGACACUGGAAACCAUCACAACCCACUCUGCCAAAGACCUGCUGUUCUACAAACUACAUGCUCGCAUUAAAAAUGGGUGGCCCAACCACAAACAUGCAGUCAACCGCUUGCUGCCACCUUUCUGUACAUACAAGGAAGAACUUGCAUGGGACAGUGGCCUGAUAUUCAAAGGACAGAGGAUUCUCAUUCCUGAAGCUUUGCGCCCUGUCUUUCUACAAAAAAAUCCACACUGGGCACUCUGGAAUUGAGGCUAGCCUGAGAAAGGCUCGUGAGGCAGUCUUCUGGCCAGGCAUCACAGAUGAUUUAAAUUUUUGUCAGCAGCUGUGCCACAUGCAACUCUAUCCAAGUGAGACAGCAAAAAGAAACUCUGAUUCCACACAUGUCAGAAUAUGGAAAGCAAAGAGAAAAAGAUGCCUCGAACAAAACACAGUCAUCGUUCGGAGGCAGCCAGGAAGAGGAAGCUAAAACACAUGGCUGCUAUUCCCGAAGAGGCUCUGCCACCUCUUAAAAAAUUGGCAGAAUUAUCUGAACAUCAUGUAUUACACAAUGGGGCUAAACUUGAUUCUAAACGUGAUCCUAAACAUGAUACUGAACAAUGCUUGACAAAUCUUGAAAAAUCAAUCAAAAGUUUUGAAAAACCCUUGAUAAGUCUCACUAACAAAACAUUCUUUAAAGUUCUGCCUGAAUCUUUUUCUUUCACUACCAAUAAAGAUGAUACUGACAAGGUGACCAUGAAUGCUGUUUCUGAUUUAUGUCCACAGACGUCCUACAUCAGAGGCUCUUUCCAUCAAGGUCAUUCCCGUUUUGGCCCCAAUAAGAGCAAGCAACAUGCUGUUAACAGUUUAACUGCAAUUAUGAUGUGUAAGGUGAAAAGUGUGUUGCGAUGGACCCCGAGUGACCUGAAUGCUGUUCUGAUGCAUGGAGAUGACCUCUACAGUGCCAUGAGAGAUGCAGGGAAAAUCAACGAUCCUGCCCGAGGCUACAUACAUGCAUGUUGAUGAGUUGC